GCGCCGGGCCCAAUGGCGGCGCUGUGCGAGGGAGAAAGGGGAGGGCGGUGCGUGCGCGUCCCCGCAAACCCAGGCGCGUCCCCGAGGCGGUGCGUGCGCGCUCUCACAGUCUCCCCUCCCCCAGCCUCUCUCUCUCUCUCCCUCUCUCUCUCUCUGCCUCGGUCGCCCUUUCCCCAUCUUUUCUGGUCCGGAGCUGAGAGCGGAACAUGGCCGACGAGAAGCCCAAGGAAGGAGUGAAGACCGAAAAUAAUGACCACAUCAAUCUCAAGGUUGCAGGGCAAGAUGGAUCUGUGGUGCAGUUUAAGAUUAAAAGGCAUACACCACUUAGUAAACUAAUGAAAGCUUAUUGUGAACGACAGGGUUUGUCAAUGAGGCAAAUCAGAUUCCGGUUCGAUGGGCAGCCAAUCAAUGAAACGGACACACCUGCACAGUUGGAAAUGGAGGAUGAGGAUACAAUUGACGUGUUCCAGCAGCAGACAGGAGGAGUGUACUAAAAGAGAGAACCAAAAUUUCCUUUCCCACAAACAACACAUUCACAAUUAGAAGAACAAGACUUGGUUCAGCCACAUCUUUGACUACUGCAGUAUAGCUUUCUCUCUUCUUUGAUUUCUUUUCCUAUUCCUUCUAUUGUACAUAAAGUAACUGGUGUAUGUGCACAGACAUGCAUAUUUUUUUUUAACUAAAUGGCCAAUGGUAUGUUUGAUCAACAUCAUGGAGAUGGGGUGGUAAAAACAAACUGGUCUGUGAAAAUACCCCAUUUCUCCAUUAGUGGCAUGCUCCUCUAACUUUUAUCUUUAUAUUCCAGUAAGUUAUUUUGCUCUCAUUGUUGAUAAAAACAAAAACAUGCAUACCUUAUUUGAUUGGAUAAUUUCAAUGUUUUUCUUUUAUCAUUGUACAACCAAGGACGAUUUUAUAACUUUUUUGUACGUAGCUGUUACAUGUAGAGCAAUCUGUCUUUAAGUAGGGAUAAAUUACUCUAAACAAAAAUUUGAUCUUGGAUAGUUUUCCCUUCCGUCUUGUUGUUUAAAUAAACUUCUUGUUUAAAAUAAA